CAGCAGAUAUAAUUCUUGUCUCCCAAUAAUGGAUCUACUGAGUCUUAUCAAUAGAAGAAAAGCCAGUUUAAAGCCUUGCAGCACUACCGUAACUGACAUGCAAGGAAAGAGAUACGAGAUUGUCAAUGGCGAAGUGAAACGAAUCUCGCAAGGUUUCGCAUUUGUGAUAGAUACAAAACCUAACCUACAAGUGGCACAAAUACUGCCUGGACUAUACCUUGGUUCGCAAGAUCCUGCUCUCAGCAUUGAAUUAUUAACAGAAUUUCAAAUACAUCACAUACUGAGCAUUGGUAUUGAUAUACCAAUCAAAUUUGGUGGAAUUCACUACCACUAUAUAGACCUGCUGGACUUGCCGGAAUGCGAUAUUCUUGAAGCAUUAAAAAAAUGUAUCAAAUUAAUUCAUACCCAUCGGACCGAGAACAUUUUUGUGCAUUGCAAUGCAGGAGUGUCUCGGUCACCUGCCAUAGUAAUAUCCUACUUAAUGGCGGUGGAGCAGUUAGACUACGAGUGUGCUUACGAAAGAGUCAAGAGUACAAGGACCUGUAUUAAACCAAAUGAAGGAUUCGCCCGACAACUAAAAUUAUUAAACCCAAAGGACUUAUAUUCGUACAUCGAAAAGCUCCCCACAGGCAACUGAUAAAACCCUAUUUCAAUUGUCAAAUACUAAAAGUUUACAGUAAGUAACAAUUGUGGUAAAGUUCGGGAAUUAUAGCAAUAGUGAUUAACCGGUGUGAUAUGACGUGAAGGUGUCGUCUUGUGAGUAAAAUUGCGACACAUUUGUGACCAGAGUGUACAAGCUAGACGAUUUACUUUAACAAGUCGUUUUGCAAUUGCUUGCUAGAAAGACUUGCAGUAAUAAAUUUGCUGCAAAUUUGUUGGUGAUAUGACAAUCGAUGUGUUAACAAGAUAUGUCACAAGUUACCUGCCCAGGGACCCGAAUCUUUAAAAUCGAAAAAGAGUACGCAGAAGAGCUGAACUACGAAGAUGCUUGCGAGAGGAUUAAAAACCUAUUUUUUAAAGUAAAAGGACUAUCAUCCUGCAACAGGAAUUUUCCUCGAUGGUCUAUGAACAGGAUCACGGCAGUAUGUAGAAGCGAAUUAUACAUGCACUAUAUAUUAUGUUAGACUUGUGUAUUAUGACAUCAUUGACUUAUCGUAUGCAUUGAAUAGUAUUCCAAUAUAGUUACAAUAAUUGAUGUCUACAACCGAUUAAAAGAGUGGUACGUGACCAUGUUGCAUAGCUUUUAUCUUCGCUCUCCUCACCGAACGAGAGGCAUGUCUUUUUUAAAUCUCCGAACACUGGCUCGAUCUAUGUAUAGCGUGUCGCGUGUUGUAUAUACGCAACGCGUAGGUCGUCGUACCAAGUAGGCUUAUAAAAAUUCCUGUAAAUCUAAAAAAUAUAAUUAAUUUCUGUA